GUGGUACCAUUGAUCUCCAUAGUGAGAUAUCCUCAAAAAAAAGAAGACAUAAGUGAGGGCAUAUCCUGUGAGACACUUCUGGUUCAUAUCAUUUCCCUUCUUACCCUUUUCUUGAUUCUACAGUUCUUGGAAACACACAAAUGGCUACGACCUUAACCUGAUUCCUUAUGGGUUCACUAUCAAUUUAUGUUUGGUGAAUUUUUGUGUACAACUUUUUUUUUCUUGGAUUCUCUUAUUGUGAAUGAUUUCAAAUUUUCCAAAUUGAAAGGUAUGAGUAACACAAUGAGGCCAAGGGUCAAGGUCUUGAUUCAUUUGGUCUAUGACAGAGGUUAAUUAACGCGUAAAGCCAAUACUUCCAAAGAAUUUUCCUUCCUCGUAGUCUUUGUUCAUGACUUGAGCAGUGAUUUGGACCCUGUUGUGUGAGUUUUGAGUCCAUAUAUUUACCUUUGCUUUAACCUAUAUCUGCUAUUUCCUUACUAUUCUAUAUACAAUUAGCUACUGUUCUGGUAACUUUUUGUACCAAUGAAAAUGGAUGUGAUUUACGAAAAGAAGAAGAAGGGGCUGAUCAUCCAGACAUGGGAGCGAUGCAAGUCCAUCGGACGAGGCAGUAAGAGCAAAUCAUCAGGAACAGUACAUGCCCUGACAUUGAAGAGCAAAUCGUGGUCUUCCAAUAAAGGCACCUUGGAGCUGGAAGAAGAAAAACGAGCAAGAAAACGCAGAGUCACUCCUGAAGGUUGCUUCUCGGUCUAUGUUGGACCUCAAAAACAGAAGUUUGUGAUCAAAACUGAAUAUGCGAACCACUCUCUAUUCAAGAUGCUACUUGAAGAAGCAGAGUCAGAAUAUGGUUAUGAUAACCAAGGUCCACUUGUCCUUCCAUGCAACGUUGAUAUCUUUUGCAAGGUCUUGUUGGAAAUGGAAGAUUGCCAUGAAAUUCAUCAAGGAUGUAGCUUUAAGCGUUAUGGCUCUUAUCACCUUCUUAGCCCGACUCGAAUGGCUGUCAUCAAUCAGUUUUGAAUGUUAAUUUUCCCCUUGUCUUUGUUUUCUUUUUUCUUUUUUCCAUUAAUUUCCUGUGUUAUAAGACUUCUUGGAGGGUUUUAUUUUUGGUUUUUGUUUUUAUAAUGGUUAUGUGGGAAUAAAUAAGUUUGAUGUAUCCUAUAAUAUGUAGAAUUUCACUAGAACAUGAUAAGCAGGAAACAAAUCUUUCUAUUUUUGUUAA